AUGUCGGCCACAAAUUCCAAGGAUACGCGCCCUCCGCCCAAGGACCUCUCACACCACCUCUCGCGCAAUGCCAAGAGCAGACAGCCUAGCUCAAUCAAGCAGUUCUACAAGUACUUUGCUAUCCCAGGUAUCGGUCAACUAGCUGGUGGCCUACCCAACCAAUACUACUUCCCUUUCGACACGCUAGAGGCAAAGGUCGCCUUGCCAGAGAGAUGGAAGCCUACCGACAACAAGCCUGUUGAUCCUCCCUCGGCCGCCACUUCGUCCCUCAAGAAUGGAAGCCCUCUCAACCAACCUCAGUCAGCAUUGAAGGUCCCUCACACUUCACACGAGCAGAACCCACUCAAGAAGAUUGAUCUGGCCUCUGCUCUGCAAUACGGACAAGCUCAAGGAUACCCCCCUCUUUACAGCUUCCUCCGCCAAUUCACCCAAGAGAAUCUGCACCCUAAUUGUCCUUACAAGGGUGGCCCUGAGAUUGUCCUGACCUGUGGAAGCACUGACGGCUUCUCCAAAGCUCUCGCUGCCUUGACCAAUGAAUGGAGUGAAGAGAAGGAUUGGGUUCGUGACCGUGAAGGUCUGCUUGUUGAAGAAUUCUGCUACAUGAACGCUAUCCAAGGCGCCAGACCUAGAGGCCUCAACAUUGCCCCUGUCAAGAUUGAUGAUGAGGGUAUGCUCCCUGAAGGUCCCGGUGGUCUUCGUGACGUGCUCGAGAACUGGGAUUACAAGAAAGGAAAGAGACCUCACUUGAUGUACACUGUCACCAUGGGCCAAAACCCUACCUCUGGUGUUUUGUCUUUGCAGCGUCGUCGUGAGCUCUAUGCUCUGUGCUCAAAGUACGAUGUUAUCAUUGUGGAAGAUGAUCCAUACUGGUACCUGCAAUUCCCUUCAUCGACCAAUUCCGAGAAGGUCUUUACUCCACAAUCGUCAAAGUGGAAGUCUUCAGGCUAUGAUUUCCUCGACUCUCUCGUUCCUUCUUACAUCAGCGUCGACACCGAUGGCCGUGUCCUUCGUCUUGACACCUUCUCCAAGACCGUCGCUCCUGGAUGCCGUCUCGGCUGGAUUACAGGUCAACCCGCCUUGAUUGAACGUAUCCUGCGCUUGACCGAGACCAGCACCCAACAGCCCUCAGGAUUUGUCCAAUCUAUGAUCGCCGAAUUGAUCAUCGGCCCCCAAGCCGACGACAUCGACCCAGGCAAAGGCCCCGCCAACGGCAAAGGCUGGAACACAGCAGGCUGGGUCCGCUGGCUCGAAGGUCUACGCGGCAACUAUGAACGCCGCAUGAACGACAUGUGCCGCGUCCUCGACACCGGCCGCGAACUCGUCAAAGUGGGACGCAGAAGCUCACUGUCCAAUCUCUCGCUAGACUCUGACGACGACUGGGCAGUAGUCCAGACCACCACUGCAUAUUCGUUUGACUGGCCUGUGGGUGGCAUGUUUGUCUGGCUAAAGAUGCACUUCUCCACACACCCUUUGGCUGCCAAAGUACCACACGCACGACUCUCCCGCGCUCUCUGGAUCUUCUGGACUACAAAGCCUUAUCUGGUGCUUGUGUCUCCUGGCUUAAUCUUCUCGCCUACAGACGAAAUCCGCGCCAAAGAUGGAUACAAGUACUUCCGUCUUUGCUUUGCUGCUUGCGAUGACAAGGAGAUUGAACCUAUCAGUCAGAGAUUCGUGGAUGGAGUCAAUGACUUCUGGAAGAUCAAGAGUGUGAAGAAGAUUGAUGAGUUGUUGGAGGAGGAAGGCGAGGGUGUUGAGCAGAGAGCUGACCAAGCUCAGAUGGCGCAGUUGGCAAGCUUCAUGGGGCCUUGCUAG